AUGCCGGAUGAAGUGAAGUUGUAUGCCGUUGCAGGAAGUCCAUUCGUUUGCAGAGCGAAAAUCGCUUUGAAUAUGAAGGGAAUCAAGUACGAAAAACUUGGAACAAGAUCUCAGCAACAAGAGUGCCGAACUUCUCAAGAUCCUUAUGAGAAGGUCGUUGCUCGAUUUUGGGCCAAAUUUAUUGAUGAGAAGUGCAUUCCUGCACUAUAUAAGGCUUUUGGACCCAAUGGAAAUGAGGAGACUGAUAAAGAAGCUUGCGAGCAACUACAAAUACUAGAAAAUGAACUCAAAGUCAAAGGUACCAAGUUCUUUGGAGGUGACAACAUUAACCUGGUCGACAUUGCUGCUGAUUUCAUAGCCUAUUGGCUUGGAAUAAUCCAAGAAGCAGCCGAAAAAACAUUGUUCACCAAAGACAAGUUUCCAAAACUCACCCAAUGGGCUGAUGACUUUGUCAACCUUGAAGUCGUCAAUCAAGUCUUACUUCCAAGAGAACGCCUGCUUGCAUUUUUCAAGAAACGGUUUGGUAAGGCAUAAUGAUAAGUAGCAUUUACAAAUAAUAAAUCUGGUCGUUUUUUAGGUUAUGUACUUUUAUGAAGUUGAAGUUUUUGUCUAUAACAUCCAUCGAUGUUGCAAGAAAAAGCUCUUUGUGUUUGUCAAAGUUAAAGUUUCUGUAACAAUCAUGGAUCGAUGUUGCAAUAAGUGGUUCUAAUCGUAAUGAUGCUGUUGUAAUAUGUAGUUUGUGGCAUGAGUAUAUUCUGUAUGUUGUUGUAUGCAAGGCUUCUUUUUUGUUUUUAAUUGAACGUGAGCUCAUGAAGAA